AUGAAUCCCGACGAGCAGUACGAUUCGAUGGAGCAGACGAUGGAUGAGUUACAGAAUCAGGUGACGGUUCUUCGCGGCGGAUGUCAACGGUUAUCAUCAGAAGGCACAGAUCUAUCGAAUCGCGUCGAGAAUCUCACCGAUCGUGUUGGCGGACUGGAAUCGAAGAUGGAUUCGAUGAAUAGAUUGCUUGAGAAGAUCGCGGAACAAACCUGUCCAGAUCUCGCGAAAGGCAAAGGCGUAGCGGAUCGGGCCGGUCCAUCGAUUCAGGUAUCUGACUCUAAUGAUCCUAAAGAACUAGUUGAGGAAUCGUUAGGUCAUCGGAGAACCUUAGGAGUUUUUGAAUCAAGGCAAAGUUUGUUGAAGAAGAUUGAGUUACCUACAUUUGAUGGAUUCAUGCCGUAUGGUUGGAUUCGCCAAACGGAACGAUACUUCAGAACAGCUCGUUAUACGGAGGAAGAGAAGCUUGAGUUGGUUGCGUUGAGUUUGACAGGGCCAGUAUUGAAUUGGUAUUCGUGGGAGGCAGUAGAGGAACCUUUUCAAGAUUGGCGACAGUUUAAGAAAAGAUUGCUGGAUCGUUUUGCUUUAUCGAUGGAUGAUGAACCAGGAAAUCGACUAUGUGCAUUAAGACAAACAGGCUCAAUUCAGAAGUAUGUGAGUGAGUUCGAGGAGUUAAUAACACAAGUUACAGGCAUUGAUGAAGCUAAUCUGGUAAAUAAAUUCUAUACGGGACUUAAGCAUGAGAUGAAGGAAGUAAUAAGGCUUAAAGAACCAAAAGGAUUGCGGAAUCAUAUUGCUGCAGUGAUUAAGAUGGAGUCAAGCGUGCUGUGUCAGAUGUUGGGAGAGAGGGUUCCAGUUAAGAAUAAAGAAUCAUCGACUCCAACUCCGAAAUAUCAGAAGAAUCACACUACUACAAUACGAGUGGUACCAACAGGGGACGAUAAAACUAAGACGAGUGAGGCAGAAAAAAAUGAUCCACAACGUCAACGUUUAUCACCAGCAGAGUUGGCGGAGUUGAAACGUUUGAAGCUAUGUUUCAAAUGCAGAGAGAAGUGGUUCAGAGGACAUCUUUGUGGCAAAGCCGAACUGAAAGUGUUUAUGUUGGUAGAAGGAUUUGAGUUGGAAGUAAAUGAAGCAAUGUGGGAUGAAGAGGUGUUGUUACGGGAAGCAGAUGCUACACAACUAAUGGAGCUUUCCUUGUAUUCUUUUUUGGGCAUCAAAUCUCCAACGACACAUAAGCUGAGGGGCAAGAUUGGUAAAACAGAGUUUGUGGUGUUGAUUGACAGUGGUGCAACGCACAACUUUGUGUCACCACAGCUCAUUCACAAGGCUAAUAUGAAGGUGGAUCAGCACAAUAAUCUACAGGUGUUGCUAGGAACUGGAAUUUCAGUCGCUGGGUUGGGAGUUUGCAGACAUGUUCCUAUUGAGUUGCAGGGGCUGAAGUUUGACAUUGACUGUAUUUCUCUGGAGCUUGGGAAGGUGGAUUUGGUGUUGGGAGUUCAGUGGUUGAGAACGUUAGGGAGAUGUGAAGUAGACUGGGAGUUACAGGAGUUAAGCUUCAUGUAUAAUGGAGUGCGUGUUACAUUGUAUGGUGAACACGAUCUCCAUCAAACAACUCAGACGCUCCAAGCUACGGCAGCUGAAUCAUGUACAUCCGUUUGUGCUAUGGAAUAUUGGUUAUGUCAAUCAGUGCACGAAGAGACACCAAAACCAAGCAUAUCGACUAAGAUUCAGCAACUGCUAGAGGAGUUUCAGAUGGUGUUUGCAGACGUCACAGGACUACCACCAAUAAGAGGUAGAGAGCACACCAUCGUCCUCAAACAGGGCACUUCUCCUAUCAGUGUAAGACCCUACAGAUAUCCGCAGGCGCAUAAAGAGGCGAUGACAGUAAUGGUGAAUGAGAUGUUGGCGAAGAAAAUCAUUCAACCGAGUCGUAGCCCCUUUUCUAGUCCAGUGCUCUUAGUCAAGAAGAAAGACAAGUCAUGGCGAUUUUGUGUGGAUUAUAGGGCUUUAAAUCAAGCAACAGUCGCAGACAAGUUUCCAAUACCAAUGAUUGAUCAAUUGCUAGAUGAAUUGAGUGGAGCAAAGAUCUUUUCGAAACUUGAUCUGACUUCUGGAUAUCAUCAAAUACGAAUGCAGCAAGAAGACAUUGAGAAAACUGCAUUCAGGACACACGAUGGACAUUAUGAAUUCCUAGUCAUGCCUUUCGGCUUGACUAAUGCCCCAGCAACUUUUCAGAGUCUGAUGAAUGAGUUGUUUCGACCUCUAUUGGGCAAGUCAGUGUUAGUCUUCUUUGAUGAUAUUCUAGUAUACAGCUCGUCUGUCGAAGAACAUGAAGUGCAUUUGAGAGAAGUAUUGGCGAUAUUAAAGAGAGCUCAGCUUUUUGCUAAUCGCAAGAAGUGCCUUUUCGGUCAGUCGAAGGUAGAGUAUUUGGGUCAUGUCAUUACUGCUGAUGGAGUGGCAACUGAAGAAGCAAAAACUAUAGCAAUGAAGUUAUGGCCAACUCCCAAGAAUGUGAAACAGUUGCGAGGAUUCUUGGGACUGACAGGUUAUUAUAGAAGGUUUGUCCGGAGCUAUGGAACCUUGGCACGACCCUUGACGGAAUUAUUGAAGAAGGAGAUGUUUUGUUGGUCAAGCGUUACCCAACAGGCGUUUGAUACACUCAAACAAGCUAUGCUGUCAGCUCCAGUUUUGUCUUUACCAGAUUUUACAAAGACUUUUAUUGUGGAAACUGAUGCAUCUGGGACCGGGUUAGGUGCUGUGUUGAUUCAAGAUAAGAAUCCGAUUGCUUACUUCAGCUAUAGCUUGACGCUGAGGGAACAGCUUAAACCGAUCUAUGAAAGAGAAUUGAUGGCAGUAGUGUUUGCGAUAAGAAAAUGGAAGCAUUACUUGCUUGGACGUAAAUUUGUGGUUCAUACAGAUCAAAAAAGCCUCAAAUUUUUACUGGAGCAACGAGAAGUAAAUAUGGAAUAUCAGAAAUGGUUGGUGAAGAUCUUGGGUUAUGAUUUUAGCAUUCUUUACAAACCAGGAGCUGAGAAUUUGGUAGCUGAUGGGUUGUCAAGAAUGGGACCGUGUGAGCAAAACGUAAAUGCUACUACUUUAUACUCUUACACGAUUCCGCAGAGCUUACAGUUGCAGGACCUAUUGACAGAGGUACGGGAGGAUGAAAAUAUUCAGAGGAUGUUAAAGAAAAUACAGAAUGGCGAGAUAGAGAAUCCACAUUAUAUAAUACGAGAUGGAGUGUUGUGGUGUUCUCAAAACACUGAAGAGGAUUCAACAGAGUUUCUAUUGGACAGGAAUGCUGAAAUCAUGCUUACUGAUAAGCUACAGCAGUGCUAUUAUAGGAAGAGGAAGAAGGAUAACAAGACUACAGUUGAUGACGUGGCAGGAACUUAA